AUGGAGAGAAGGGGAAAAAACCAAACAAACGAUUCUACUCUUAACGAAUUUGAUGAUGAUACCUCUGAAUUUAGUAUGAACAUAUUGAAUCAUCCUAACACGGAUGUAUUAGUAAGUCCUAUUAAAGUUGUAGACCAUGAUUUUAAUAAUUUUAUUAAUAAUAAAUGUUUAGAUUAUUCAGUUGGUUCUUCUUUAGAUAUUACUAGUAGUAAUUUAACAACUUUCAAAAGUAAAGGGCAACAAAAAAUAAAUGAGUCGAAUCAAGCAGAUCAAAAUGAAAAUAAUAAUAUUGAUGAGAAAAUAAAGAAAAACACCAUAUUGGUAAAUAAAGAGGAAAAGAAUAAAAAAGGAGAUGUACAUUUAAAUGUAAAUGUUGUUCAUAAAAAUGUUGAAGAGGAGAACAACUUAACAAGAAAUAAAGGAAAUUUCAAAUAUACUGAAAAUUUUAGCAGUGAUAAUAAUAAUCAUUAUGGUAGUAGAGUUAUCCAAAAAAGUAAACAUACACAGGAUUAUAGGAAGGAUGGGUCUUAUGAACAAGAAGAAAUAAAAGAUAAUGAAUAUAUUAACAUUGCUCAAAGUGAAGUCCAACAUGAAGACAUUAAUAAUGUUCAAAGUAUUAUCCCUCAUGUUGAUUCGAUUAUUACCCCCAGUAACCAUAAUAAUUUAAAAGGUGAUGUACUAAUAAAAGAUAAGGAUCAAUCAUAUAAUAAUAUGAACAUGAAGAGAUACAGUGAAUUUAAUUUAAAACAACAUGAUUUAUCCAUAUCUCAAGAUUAUUUAAACAAUAGUGUAUUAUCGAGUGUUGGUCUUUAUAAAGAAAAUGAUUUGUGUUUUAUUAAAUAUAUUAUCGUAUCUAAUUUUAAGAGUUAUGAAGAUGAAAAUAUUAUUGGUCCCUUUUCAAAAUUUACUUCUAUUAUUGGCCCGAACGGUUCAGGUAAAUCCAAUAUUAUGGAUUGUAUAUGUUUUGCUUUAGGCAUAAAUAAUAAAUAUUUACGUGUGAAGAAUUUAAGAAAUUUAAUUUAUCAUAAAGAGAAUGAGAAAGCCGAAGAAAUAAAUAAACGUAUAUGUUAUGUAAAAAUAAUUCUAGAAUGUAAUAAAGAAAAUGUUGAAAUAAAAAGAACCUUAAAUUAUAAAGGAGUUAGCAAUUUUUAUAUUAACGAUAAAUUAGUUGAUCAUAAAGAAUAUAUGAAUUUUCUAAGAAAAAAUCGAAUUGAAACCAAAACCAAAACAUGCUUAAUUUUCCAAGGUGAUAUAGAAGAUAUUAUUAAUAAAAAACCAAACGAGCUAGCCAAAUUAUUUGAAUAUAUUAGUGGUUCAGAUGAAUAUGAACAAAUAUAUGAAGAUAUAAAAGAAAAAUUAAAAGAGAAACAAAUAAAUUGUAAGAAUUAUUUAAACGAAAAGAAAAAAAUAGAACAAGAAAUGAAAAUACAUAAAAUACAAAUGAAUGAUAAUAUAGAACAUAAUAAACUUAAAGAAAAUUAUGAAUAUGAAAUUAAAUUAUAUUAUCUAUUUAAAUUAUAUCAUUAUUUUAAAAAAAAAGAAAAAUUUAAAGAAGAUUUACUUCUAUAUAAAGAAGAAAGCUUACAAUUUGAACAAGAUAUAUUAAAUCAAAAUAAAAAAAAAGCGAAUAUAUUAGAAAAAAAUAAUUUAAUUAAAAAAAAAGAAUCUAUAAAAAUUGAAGAAGAAAUCAAAAAACAUUAUGUACAAAUUAAUCAAUUAAAAAUCUUAUUAAACGAAAUAUCAGAAAAAAAAACAUUUUGUAACGAUUCUUUACAAAAAUUUGUUUCUAAUAAAAAACUCAAAAUCAACAUGCAAGAACAUUGUAACAAGUUUAUGGAAAAUUUAAAUUUACAAAUAAAGGAACAAAAUAAAAAAUUAGAAAAUGAAUAUAAAAAUAAAUUAAAAAUUAAUAUAAAAUUCUUUUCAAAAUAUGAAUGUGUACAAAAUAUCAUCAAGACGAAAAUUGAAGAAUGUAAAAUGAACGCUCAUGUGGAUCAGAAGAACCAUAAUAAAUCCAACGUACAUUUGAAUAAAGAAAACAUAAAAAAAAAUGAUAAAAAAGGGAAAAAAAAUGUAAAUAUAAAUAACCAUGAUGAUAUGAAGAUAUCUAAUGAAGAGGUAUCGAAUAAUUAUAAUAUGAUGGAAUAUUAUACAAAUAUGUUAAAUUUUUUAAAAGAUGAAAAAAUAUUAAAUAAAAUACAUAUUGAUAAUACAAAUAAUUAUGAAAAUCCAUAUGAAAAUUAUAAUAUUAUUGAAUUUAUAGAAAACAUUGAUGAAUAUAAAAAAUGUAAAGAGACAUAUCUCUAUUUAUGUGCGAACAGUAAUAUUAAUAUAAAUAAUUACACAAACUUGUCUUGUUCUUUAAAGAAAGAUAUAAAAGAAUUACAAGAAGAAUGUGAUACAUUAAAUAGGAAGAAACAAAAAGAAUUAUUAGAAUAUGAAUCUGAAAAAUUAGCAUAUGAUCAAUUAAAUGAACGUAUAUAUAAAUUAAAUAGUAUCAUAAAGGAACAAGAUGAUAAUAUCCAAAAUAAUAAAAUGAAAAUAAAAAUCUGGAAUGAAUCGAUUCUACAAAAAGAAAAACAAAUUGAACUAUUAGAAGAACAAACAAAUAUUUUAAAUGUUCAUAAAAAUGAAUUAAUUUCAUUUGAAAAAAAAAGAGAUAUUAUAAAAAAUUUAAAAAAUACGUUUGGACAUGAUCAAGUUUUUGAUGAAGUUAGUAAUUUAUAUCAAGUCAACAAUCAAAUAUAUUAUACAGCUGUAAAUAAUGUUAUACACAAAUAUAAUAAUUUUCUUGUAGUCAGAAAUAUUGAUAUAGGUAUGAAAUGUAUAAAAUAUUUAAAGGAUAAUAAAUUACAAAAAAUGGAUUUUAUACCUUAUGAAAAUUUUGUAUCAAAUUUAAAAAAAAAAAAAAUAAAAAAAAAUAACAUAACAGAAGAGGUAUAUACAAGAAAGGACCCACAACAACAACAACAACAAAAAGAAGGUCGCGGUGGUAGUGGUAGUGGUGCUGUUAGUGAUGAUGAUUAUGGUGAUGUUUAUGAUUAUAAUGAUUUUCAAAAUACAGAACAUGAUACACACCUUGGUAACAAUAAAAGGAGAAUAUCUUCGUUUAAUAAUGUUGACAAAGUUAUUAAUACAUUUAAAAAGAAAAAUAUAAUUUUAGCAAAUAAUUGUCUUGUAUGUGAUGAAGAAUAUAAAAUAAUGUUUGAUUAUUUAAUAGGUGAAGAUACAUUAAUUGUAGAUAAUAUAAAGGAUGCUGAAGAUAUAAAAAAUAAGUUUCCUUAUAUAAAUAUUAAUAUGGUUACAUUAAAUGGACAUGUUAUUUCUAAAAAUAAUAAUUUAAUUAUUGACAUUACAAAUAAAUAUUCGGAUAUAGAGAAAUUUAAUAAUAAAAGAUUAAAUAUUAAUUUAUAUAAUAAAUUAAUAAACGAGAAGGAAGAAUGUAUAAAUAAUAUUAAUGAAUGUAAUCGAAAUAUUAUUCAAACUAAUGAACUUAUAAAUAAACAACAAAGUGAAUAUGAAUUAAAUAAAAAAAAAAUUUCAAGUAUAUUAAUUAAAAAAAAUAUUUUUGAAAAAGAAAUGGAAGCUAAAAAUAAAGUGAUGCAAAAUUAUGAACAAAAAAUAGAUAAAUUAAAAAAUAUAGAUCUAAAAAAAAAAUUCGAAUUAUUAGAUACUUACGAAAAAGAAUUAUUUAAAGAAAGGAAUAGCCUUUCAAUGUAUCAAAAAGAUGCUUUUAAAAAUUUAAAUGAUAAAUUAAAAAUUGAUAAUAUUUAUGAAAUUAUAGAACACAAUUUAAGAGAUAUGGACAAAAUUAAUGAAAACAUUAAUCGAAUAAAAAAUAAUAUAAAAAAAUUAAAUGAUGAUAUUAAUGAAUUAUUAGAUAAAAAAAAUGAAAUGAACUUUUUAGAAAAAAAUGACGAAUCAAUAAAUGAAGAAAAUAUUAAAAAAGAAUUAAUAUCUCUUGAAAAACAAGAAAAAGAAUCAAAUGAACAAAUUGAUAAUAUACAUAAGAUAUUACAAAAAUUAGAAGACGAUAAAAUAAAUAUUUAUAAAAAUCUUAAUAAUCUUAAUCAAGAAUUAAAUCAACUUCGUGAUAAUAUAAAUACAAAUUUUGAAAAAUAUGAACAUAUAGAAAAUAAAAUUGAAAAUUGUCAAAAAAAAAUACAAAUAUAUACACAAUUUAUAAAUGAUCUAAUAAAUGAAUGUGAUAUAAAUAGUGUCAAUAUUUUCUUAACAAAUAAUCUAUUAAAAGAUAUCGAUGAUCAAGUUGAUAUAAACCAAUAUGCUCAAAGGAAGAACAAAAAUUACAACAACAACAAUAAUAAUAAUAAUAAUAAUGAGAAGAAGAAGAAGAAGAAGAAAAAGGAAAGUAAAGAUAAAAGUAAAAGUAAAAAGAAUCAUAUGUCUAGUGAUCCAUAUCAAAAAAGAAAAAGCAAGCUACUAGAAGAUAGUGAUAGUGAACAAGAAUAUAAUACAUCUAAUAGUAAUAAUACAUCAUGUAAUGUCUCAGAAGAAGAAAAUGAUAUACAUGAGCAUGAUGAAGAAGAACAAAAUAACAUACUUUUAUCGAACAUAUCAUUCGAUCUUUUAUCAGAUGAUUUAAAAAAUAUGGAAAAUGAUAAAGAUAUAAACAAUGAAAAAGAAAAUAUGGAAAAAGAAAUUGAAAGAAAAAAAAAGCUGUUAAAAUUAAAAAAUGUAAAUUGUAAUGCUGAAAAAGAAUAUGAAAAAUUAACAUCUAAAUUAAAAUCAAUUGAUGUAUCUCUUUCUGAAGAAAGAAAAGAAUGUAAUUUAUUUGAACGUAAUUUUAGAAUAUUACAAAAAAAAAGAUCUUAUAAAUUCUUACAUUGUUUUAAUUAUAUUAAAAAUAUUAUAGAUAAUGUAUAUAAUAAUUUAACAUAUAAUGCUAAACAUCAUGUCGGUGGACAAGCUUUUUUAGACUUAUGUAAUUUUAAUGAAUUUAAUAAAGAUGAUGAACCUUUCUAUUGUGGUAUCAAAUAUAAUAAUAUGCCUCCUAUGAAAAGAUAUUUUGAAAUAUCUGAAUUAAGUGGAGGUGAAAAAAGUAUUAGUGCAUUAGCAUUAAUUUUCUCUAUUCAAAAAUAUAUUAAUAAUUCAUUUAUUAUACUUGACGAAGUUGAUGCAAAUAUGGACCCUCUCAAAAUUCAGUCUCUAACAAGAUACCUAAAUUCAAUAAAUAGUCAAGUUAUUGUUAUUUCUUUGAAGGAAAAAUUCUUUAGUAAAAGUCAAUCAUUAAUCGGAGUGUACAAAAAUAAACAUAAAAAGUGUUCAAAAACAAUUACUUUGGAUAUAAGUAAAUAUCGACAGGAUCUACCAAACAAUUGA